AUGCAGCAGCACGACUUCCCCCGGAGGAGGGUCGGCACAAUAGGGGUACACCCCUACCUCGAGAAUUGGGAGCAUUUGAGACUGAAAGAAAUCCCUGAUGACGAGAUUAAUACCAUUGAAGAAAACACACGGGACCAGUCAGCCAGCAAGCGCAUUACUGCGUCAAGGUUCGGAUUUAUAAACAAAGCAACAGCGCGCCAAAAUUCAAAACUAUUCGCUGCUAGCAUCAUCGGGCAAAGAUCACUGACUACGCGAUACACUAGCCAUGGGAUAAAAUAUGAAUCUGUAGCAGUUAAGAAAUUCGAGAAAGCAUCGGGAUUGCUGGUGAAGAGAUGUGGAUUAUUUGUUGACAAGGAGUACCCUUUCUUGGCAGCUACUCGAGAUGGUGUAGUAGACAAUCAAAGCAUACUCGAAGUAAAGUGUCCAUUCGUGGCCAAGAACUAUAUGAUCAACGAAACCACAGUGCCUUAUCUAAAACGCGAAUGUAAUGGCGAAUUAACAUUAAGUACAUCACAUGAUUACUAUGCUCAAGUGCAAGGCCAGUUAAGAUGCUCAAAGAGAGAAUAAUGUUAUUUUUGUGUUUUUACACUGAAAGAUUUCAAAAUAUUUACAAUUAAGCGCAAUGAAAAGUUUAUUGAUGACAUGCUGCAGAAACUAAAAUUGUUUUAUAAUAAUACAUUCGAACCAGCUUUGAUUGACCAUUUCGUUUACAAAUCUUACAGUCAGUUUUUUUGAACAUCUCUUUGAGCAUCUGGCCUUGCACUUGAGUGCCACAAAUGGACACUUUACUUCGAGUAUGCUUUGAUCGUCUACUACAGCUGUGCUCACAUUGUAUUUGUAUUCUUUGUAUU